AUGAAAAUCUAUGUGAAUAACAGUCGAAGUGUAACACUUUGCGCCUUAGAAGUUGAGUCGAACACUACGGUUGAAUGUGUGCAGAAUAAAAUUCAAGAGCUAGAAAUUCCCUCAGAACAGCAGCGACUUUUCUUCACGGACAAAGUACGCGACGUUGAGAAAACGUUAGGCGGCUAUGAAAUAUGUAAUUGGUCGUCUAUAAAGCUGGAAUUCACAUCGUCUACUACAGAUGAAGAAACAACAUAUGGGGAAGGAUUAAAGAUUACAGAUAAGGGAACCCUGAAGUGGCUCGGUAGCUUUGAAAGCCUAAAAUAUCUCGUCGAGAAAUUGCAAUUACCAAAAGCCAAAUGGAUGACUCCAGGCGGUGGCUCGAAAUUGUAUGAAUGCGAAGAGUUUUCUGUGCGCUGGUAUUCAACUAAUGGAACACUCACUUUCAAGGGAAAUUAA